UCAUGAUUCAAGUCAAGAUCCAAAAGUCGACUCGUAAAAGUCAUAAGCACGUAAGGACGUAAACGGUUGAUCAUGCGACUUUAGUAAAUUAGUAUCGGUUUGUCUUUGAGAUAGCUUGAAUGGAUAAAGUCGACGCAUCUUAUAGAAUGGCGACUGACACGUUUGGUUUCGAUCUCCUGGAAAAAGUGUAUCAUGAUGAAAUCUGCAAAAAGGAGGACGUGAUAAUUUUGUUUUUUCAUUGGUACUUGGUGAAAAAUGGAUGCAGAUGUAUCGGCAUCGGGGAUAGUAAGGUUUUUGAUGCAUCGGAGAAAGGAUCGGAACUGUUGCCAAGUGAAUGGAACACAGGUCCAAAUUAUGCGUUACGCUAUCUAAAAAGCAAGGAAUUAUAUGCCCUCCUUGGAGUAAAAUCAAACAUGGAUCUACUGUUAAACCUAGUGAAUUUCAAGGAUAAUAGUAUCUCUAAUAUCAUGUUUCCUAUUGAGGAAACGGUAUCUGCGCUACAUGGGCCUUUAAUGACUACGAUACCAUCUUACGAGACUAUUUUACAAAAUGUACAAAACGAUUUUUCGAUCGUGUUAUUUCGUAAGAAUACUAAGGAAGCGGAAACGCAAACAACCAACGAACGCGAUGUAACGGGAGCAGCAACAUUGCCGAAUCUUCGGCGCAGUCCUGAACGCGAUCCUGAGCGUGCGGAUGAACUCGAUCCUGAACGUGAUCCCGGAAGGAUAGGAGCUCGAGACCUCGAUCCGUUGGCGCAAGGUGGUGGUAUGAUAUUCAAUCCUUUUGCUGAACGUCGGCCGCUUGGACGUUUACCGGGCGCUUUGGGAGUACCUGGCAGAUUACCACCUGGUGCGGUACCACCUGGGGCGAGAUUCUAUCCCUUCGGUCCACCCGACGUCGAUCCAAUGAGACCAUUCCCUCGUAGACCCGGUAACGACCACUUACCUCCUCCGGGAUUUGAUGACAUGUUCAUGUGAAACAACUAAAUCUGCGAUCUCUGUGAAACUUGAAGUAACCUAUGAAUACAGUUUGUGUACAGUAUCGAUGUCAUGUCUUUGAGAAUAACGUAUUUUAUUAACAUUGUAGCGAUUGUUAGUUUUGUGCGUUCUUAGAUAAAAAAUAUAUUGUUCGAAAAACCAUGUGAUUUUACGAUUAAAGUGAUUAAAAAAUGUAUGCUGUAAAAUUAUUUUCUUGAAAAUAAACUUUCAUCAAACAACAA